ACUCAUUCGGAGUUAGGGGACUGUUCUCGAAUCAUGUUUGUCCUCUUUAUCCAUAAGGGGUAUAUUUAAGUCUUGAUAGUAUUGCAAGAAAGAUGCCCAAGUCUUUGUGAAAUGCUGCUUGGUUUUUUCCUGAGUGUAUGUUUAAUCUUCUCUAGUUUCAGAAAGUACAUAGUGUCCCUUAUCCACCUUGUAUAAAUGGGAGAAGAUUGCUUCUUCCAGUCGAUCAAAAUAAUCCUUCUUGCAGUCAGAGUUGUAAAGGAUAUGAUCUUGCAGGCCUUUCCAGUAAUACGUCAAUUUUGUGGCAACGCACCAAAUAUGGCACAGAAUUACAAUUCCAGAAAUGUUUGUAUAUACGUCAAAAAUGUUGAGCCAGAAUGUGUGGGGUCACUGGCAAGACCAGAACACGUGAAUAUGGUCUGCAGGCUGGCCUUUACAGCAAGGACAAGAGGGGUCUGUGCUGGGGUAUAUGUUCACCAAUCUCACAUUGGUUAGAUGGGCACGCAGCACAAUCUUAAGCUGAAUUAAACCAUGACGUGCACAUGGGGAGGAUUUAUGAAUUAGUCUAAGACAUGUACUCCACUUAAUUCAUCACCCAAAUUAGUUUCCCAUGGUCUCCUAAUUCUAUCAAGUGAGGGUGGAGAGAUGUUGUAAAUAAAUUUAUAUAAAGUUGGUAUUAAACUUCUGCUGACUGGAGAGAAUGAAAGGAUAUGGUCUAUGACAUCAUCAUUUUGUAGGUCUGGGAAAGAAGUGAAGGAUUUCUGGACAUACUGUCUAACUUGCAGCUAUCUGAAGAAGCUGUUGUGUUUUGGCAAGUCAAACAUUUGCGAUAAUUGUGAAAACAAGGUGAACUUGCCCUCUACAAAGAGAUCCUGAACACAUUUCAUGCCCUUAUUACACUAAAAAGGAGGCGUCAGAGGCGGCUGGAGGAAACAUGCAGUUUCCCAAAUAGGCGAUUGUACAGAAGACAACAGAGAAUUUAAUCAGCAACAAGUGAGACUUUUUAGUUUAAUGCGCUACUUUGUUUGGAAUUAAACUCAUUUUAAUGAAAUGAUUUGAGUCACACUACAUUUAUGUACGUUACAUUUCACAGACUAAAUGCUUCACAGAGUUAAACACAAUCAAACUAUCUGAGGUAAAUAAAGAUCUUUUACUUAAGUAAAAAUAAUAAUAGUGCAAGUCCUACACUUCAAAUAGAAGUGAAAUAAAAGUAUGUUAGUAUUAUCAGUAAAAAUGCACUCAUUUUAUUUUUUUUACUUUGGAUUAUUAUUUCUGACGAAGUAACAUGAAGCAGAAUUUAAAUAUUGUAGUUGACUGAAGUAGAGCUGAUUUUACUUAUUUUACCUUCUGUCAAGGGCCCUAACUUGUUGCAUAACAGUUUAUUAUAUCCUGACAGAGUUUCAAAUCUAAUUAAAUGCAAACUAGUAAAAACAGUUGUCAGUGAAGUAGCAGAAAAUUUCCCUCUGAAAUGUAGUGGGGUCGAAGUAGAAAGUAGGAUAAAGUUAAAUAGUACCUUUAAGCUGUACUUAAAUACAGUAGAUGAGUGAAUUUACUCAGCUACUUUGCACAACUUCUGCGUAUUUUGGAGAAUUGAAACGUGUGUUUAACGAACCUGCAUUUGUAAAAGGAAGUGAAAAAUGUUUUGGAUUCCACAGUAGGAAACGUGCAGGUUUCCUGAUUCCUGUUCUGAUGUUUUCUGUUUCCACCAAACCACAGAUGGAGCCCUGUCAUUUUGUCCAGAAUAAAUUAGCUGAAUGGGAUCUCAGUGAGCUGAUUCAGACAUUUGAAGAAGAAGGCAUUGACAAGGAAACCUUCCUCAGUCUGGAGGAGUCAGGCAGCAUCAAUGUCUUGAUUCCUCAGAUUGGACCAAGAGUAAAAUUCAGAAAGAGACUCAGAGAAUAUUUACAGGUAAUACUGAAAUUCUGAAUACUCUUUUCACUCACAUUUGUCUGCACAGCAGCUGUUUCUUGUGUGAAAAACUUGCUGUUCAAGCAUGUAAAGCACAGAAACAAUGAAAGGGACCUCAAACAAAACACUUUAUAUUAGAACAAAUAUGGGAAACCCCAGAAGCAAUAAUGACUGAACCAAGUACCAGUAAAGAACAUCACAUACCACAUAUAGUUUCAUAAAUAGGCUCUUGAAGUAAACCUUAAAUUCACACAAGUCUCCACUACAGGCCCUGGGAACCAGAGACGACGAAACUCCUGAAAUGAUGGAAACAAACUCAGAGACCGAGUUCAGCACCGAAAUGGAUCCUCCUGUUUUUCUGUGGAAUCUGGAGUCGACUUCAGCACCUGACACGGAAAGUGGCAUUGAGAUGGGUGAGGAGCCGGUUUAUCCCGGUGCAGCGGCGACCAGAGGACAAGGCCUGCUUGCCACCAUAAUGUUCAUUUUGCGUCACCGUCUGACUGCAGCAGGUCGAAGGAGCUUACUGGCUCUGUUGAAUUUUCUAGUCCCUACUCUGGCUGCUGAGUAUCCAUUUGACAAGAUUCCAGGCAUGUCUGCUGUGUUUUACUGUCAGAACUGUCAAAACUACAUGGGAAAAAUCCCUGAAUCUGUUUGUUCACACUGUGGCAUGUUAUUUGACAAAGCAAGCAGCCUUCGAAGUGGAAACUUCUUUUUGUUUUCAUCCCUGAAAGACCUUCUCAAAGACACCCUGAAGACCCACGGUACCAAGUUGUUAGCUAAAACAGUAAAACGUGGGCAUGACAUUGAAGAUGUGAUGGAUGGGAUGAUGUACCAGAACCUGCUUGAACACGGAACGCUGGCUGCAGAUGACAUCACCCUCUUGUGGAAUUGCGAUGAGGUACCGAUCUUUACCUCGCCGCAAUACUCAAUUUGGCCCCUUCAAUUUACCAUUAAUGAACUUCCUUACACACAAAGAAAGGACACCGUGAUAGUUGCAGGGCUGUGGCUUGGUAAAGACAAACCUAAGAUGAAUACUUUUCUACGGCCUUUCACAGACGAAUGCUGUGGUUUAGCCCAACAUCCGUUUCAGUGGACAGACAGCUCUGGUUCAGCUCACUCCUCAAAAGUCUUCUGCUUGGUUUGCUCCUCUGAUGCUGUGGCGAGGCCUCUCCUGAGGAACUGCAAACAGUUCAAUGGAGAGUACGGUUGUGACUGGUGUUUACACCCUGGCGUAGUGGUUGAAAAGGGCGGUGGAACCACAAGAUCGUACCCAUAUGAUGAAAUGAAACAAGCAGCAAGGUCAAAGGAAAUGUUUGAGGAAAAUGCAAGACAGGCUGAAAGGUCCGAUGACACACAGAACGGGGUGAAAGGGCGGUCUUUGCUUUCCAACCUUCCCUUGUUUGAUAUUGUGCUUGGAUUUGUACCUGACUACAUGCAUUCAGUUCUAGUUGGUGUGUGCAAACAACUUGUGUGUCUGUGGCUGGACGAAGUGAACGCUACGAAAGUCUGGUAUGUGGGUCAACACAUUUCACAAAUGGACUCACGCCUUCUCAGUCUGAAGCCGCCGUUAGAAAUAGGGAGAUCUUCGCGGUCACUGAGGUGUUAUAAGUCUUGGAAAGCAUCAGAGUGGCGAGCGUUCCUUUUGUUUUACGGUGUUAGUGUCCUGCCAGGUAUCCUACAGCCCAGAUUUCUGGAACAUUUCUUUUAUUUGUCAUUCAGCAUUCACAGGUUGCUCCAAGAAUCAGUGUCCCAGCGUGACCUCCAGCUGGCUCACCAGCACCUGGUCCACUUUGUAAAAAACAUGAAAGAGCUUUAUGGUGAAGAAAACGUGUCCUUUAACUGCCAUCAGUUGAUCCAUUUGUCUGAGAGUGUCUGUAACUGGGGGCCUCUCUGGGCAACGUCAGCGUUCACCUUUGAGAGAAACAACGGAAAUUUAAGAGCGCUGCUAGAUGACAGCGACUACAACCCCAGACAUAUUUACCAGAGGUUUGCCUGGUGGCAGCACAUACCUGCACACCUUCAUUCACUGGUUUUUAACCAACAUGCAGACUUUGCAGAGUUAUUAGCCAAACUCUCACCCUUAAACGAUGACAGUGGCUCUUACAAGCCCCUUGGAGAAUCACGACGUUUGGACAUUACAGGAUCCGUAACUCAAGCAGUAGAAGAGCUCUUAAAUCAACCAGUUGUCUUGAAAUCAGUUGAAGCUUUCGACAGCUUCACUUAUGGAAACGCUGUAUAUCAUUCGACCAGCAGCAAAGAGUCACACGGAGCAGAUGCUGGUGUUAAACUGAAGGGAGGCUGCUGUGGAGACGUACAGCUGAUGUUUCUCUUUAAAGAGAACUGUGUUUGUACAUCCAGCUGCCUCUGCCAGGCUGUUCCCAUCGUCGUGGUGCAGCUCUACUAUGUCAAACCUGCUGCACUGUUCAGCAACACAAGUCCUCACGGCGCAUUAGAGACGACCUUUGUACGAGUCGAAAGGACAAAUCGGCACAAAGCUUUCUUCUUAGGGGACAUACAGUGUAAAUGUAUGAAUGUGGAUGGAUGGCUGGUGCCUCUGCCAAACACAUACGAGCGAUAUUAGAUAAAGGCGGCAGCAGGACACCAGGCUGUUUAUAUCUAUCCAGAGAAUCUUGAUGUAUUCCUCGUUUUUCAU